AUUAUUCUCUCCCUUCCGUUUUCCAGUAGACUAGGGUUUAGAAGUUUUUAACCAGUAACACUCUAAACCCUACAAUUCUGAGCUCCGAUCUAAUCCCUUGCGAGAAACGAGAAUGAAUCUGAAGCAUUUCAUCACCAGAAGAUCAAUCAACUGUUUAAGGAAGCUCAAUAACACUAGAAUUUUAUCUCAACAAACGUAUUUUCACCGAAAUUAUAGAACGAUUCCCUCCUCCAUUUCCUCUCUACUUUCUUCAAACCCUGCUCUUCAUGGCAUUCUCCUUGCCAAUGUGCCGAAAUACCCAAAACCGUUUUGGGAUUUCGGUUCUAGAUUCAUACAUACUGCCCAGGAAACUGUUGUGAUGGAUUCAGAAACUGGGUCAGAGGAUGAUGAAGAUUCCACUACGAAUGAGUUUCUAUCGAGAUUUGUUUGGAUAAUGCGGAAGAAGCUGAAUGAAGCUUAUCCUGGCGACGAUAAGAAUACGAUUGAUGGGAUGCUUUUGUUCAUUGUUAGGAAGGUCGCUUCCGAGAUAGAAAAAGGUGGAGAUGAGCAGACGCUAGGGGAGGGAACUGAUACAUCUCCGCAGGAUUUUAGUCCGGAUUUGUGGAGAACGGUUUGGGAUGUGAGUAAUUCAGUGUUGGAUGAUAUGCAGAAAGCUACAAGGAAGGAGAAACUGAAGGGGUUUCUUCAGUCAGAGGAAGUGAAGGAAAUGUACAGGUUUGCUGGCGAAAUUGGCAUUCGGGGUGAGAUGCUGAGGGAGCUUAGGUUCAAGUGGGCGCGUGAAAAGAUGGAGGAGAGUGAAUUUUAUGAGAGCUUGGAGAAGUUAAGGGAACAAGAUGCCAUGUCUCGUACACCAGAAGAAUCGAAAACUGCAGAAAGGAAGAGUGUUGGAGAAGAUGGUGAUGUGGGCAAGGUUGAGCCCGAGGUUACACUCCCAAAGAGGCAUGGGAAGAUUAAGUACAAAAUUUAUGGGCUUGAUUUAUCUAGCCCGGAGUGGGCUGAUGUAGCUGAUAAAGUUCAUGAGGCAGAAGCCAUUAUUUCUCCCCAAGAACUGAAGCCAAUAUCUGGGAAGUGCAAACUUGUUACUGAAAAAAUUCUUUCAUUGCCUGAGCAUAGUGACCCUGCUCCUCUCUUAGCUGAAUGGGUUGAAUUGCUCCAACCUAGUAGGGUCGAUUGGAUAAGUCUGCUUGAUAAGAUAAAGGAACAGAAUGCUCGUUUAUACUUCAAGAUUGCAGAACAUGUUCUUGAUGAAGAGUCCUUCCAAACAAACAUAACUGACUACUCUAAACUCAUUGAUGCACAUGCCAAAGAGAAUCGAUUCGAAGAUGCUGAGAGAAUUCUGAAAAAGAUGAAUGAUAAAGGCUUAGUACCUGAUAUUGCCACAUCAAUUACUGUAGUUCAAAUGUACAGCAAAUCAGGGAAUUUUGAUAAAGCGCAAGUGGCAUUUGAAAAUUUGAUAAAACAAGGGUUCCGACCAAAUGCAAAGAUGUACAACUCUAUGAUAAUGCCCUAUGUAAAUGCAGGCCAACCCAAGGCGGCUGAGCCAUUGAUCAGAAAUAUGGAGGCGAGAGAUAUCAAACCCACACAAGAGAUAUAUAUGGCUUUGCUGACGUCAUAUGCUCAGCGUGGUGACACUCAUGGAGCUGAAAGAAUAUCCAAUAUGAUGCAGUUUGCUGGUUAUCAGCCAAGUUUAGAGUCCCACACACUGCUCAUUGAAGCAUAUGCGAAAACUGGGCAAUCGGAUAAUGCUAGGCAUACUUUUGAUUUCUUGAUGAAGCUUGGAAUCGAGCCAGAUGACAGAUGUACAGCUAGCAUGAUAGCAGCAUAUGAGAAGAAGAAUAAUUUGGAUAAAGCUUUGCAACUUCUGCUUGAACUCGAGAAGGAUGGUUUUAAGCCAGGUGUUGCUACUUACUCGAUUAUUGUGGAUUGGUUGAGUAAGUUGCUGCUAAUUGAUGAAGCUGAACAAGUCGUAGAUAAGAUUGCUGAGCUUGGUGAGACUCCACCUUUCAAAGUUAAUGUUAGUCUUUGUGCAAUGUAUGCAAGUGCUGGGGCUGAGAAGAAGGCUCUUCAAGCUCUCAGUGCUGUGGAGGCUAAAAAGGAGCAGUUGGGAGCAGAGGACUUUGAUAGGGUCAUAAAUGGACUCGAAGCUGGUGGGUUUAAGCAAGAAGCUGCAAGGAUUUGCAAACUGAAGGAAGCUCAGGGAUUUGCAAGUUCUGCAUUUCGUUAGGGUAGCAUUUCGAGCCACGGCUUUUUGAAGACGUCUGUAAAAUUGUUUUGAUUAUUCACUAGUUAUGUAUCAGGCAAGGUUUGUUUACUUCUGGGGCUCUUCUCCUGAUAGUGUUCUUUGAACAGAUCCAUGCCGGUGCAUCUAAGUUUACUAGUAUACACAACAAUGUAAGCCCGUUCUGCUGCCCUAGGAACAUCAAAUGCCAGCUUGCAUAGCUCGAGGGCAGCAAGUACAGGAAAUUCAUAACUUGUUCAAACUUCGUAUUUGGCUGACCUUGUGUCCUUCAUGGACAGUCAAUGCCUUGCUUGACUUGAAAUUUACCUCAUUAAUGCUAAAUUGUUGCUCAACUUCUU